AUGGUGAAGUCGCCCAACAAGGUUCAGGCAAGACAGGUCCGCCACAUUCAGGACAUCCCUGUCGACGAGACUCCUAACCUCCGCGAGCGAAGAUACUCCUUCUGCUUCGACAGAGAACGGAGGGAGCAGAAACAGCGCCGAGGCCGUGGGAGGAACAAGAACAACGACUCGGCGACUCUAAUCAACCCCCCAAUCAGUCAGUACCUCGCUUGGCCCGGUCGAGGGGACAAACUAACGGCAGACCGCGACCCGACAAUGCCGCCCAAGCAGGGCAUAUACUUUAAGAAGCGUAGCCUUCAGGCCCUCGAGACUGCUCAGGCUGGGCAGGGGUCGAGCUCCGACUCGGUGGACGAUUCCUCGGCCGACCAGGCUUCUGACGCCUCGCUGCAGUUCUCUAAGCGCCAGGUCUCGGCUCCUCCUGCCGUCGCUGCUCCGGCCCCCGCUCCACAGUACGCCAACCGGUGGCGCAAACUCACUUCCGCCUCCUCGUCGUUCCUUCAGCCCGCCUCAGACCAGGUCGCUCAGAACACGAUGAGCCAGUUCGGUGGCGUCUGCAUUGAGUGGAACGCAUCCAAGAAGGUCCACGACAUGAAGGACAAGAACCUUGUUCCUGACAACAGCCCGCCCUGCGAGUCUGCACCCGACUCCGAACCGCGGGACACCACCGCGAGUGUCCCUAACGCCAAUGUCACCGAGAACUACGGCGUCCAGGACAAAUGCAGCCACGACUCGCGCAACGACGUACACCUCCCCCUCGGCGCCAGCUUAAGCUCUACCGCUGUCCUCCUUUCCAGCAGCAACAGCGAGCAGGUCUACGUUCUGCGUCACGACAAGAAUCAGGAACAGGCCACCGACUCCAACUCCGCGUCUGGCCGUCUACUGCUCUUGCCAGCCGCGUUCUCAAGCCCCGCACCCUACGCCUCUGUCGUCCGUAACUCGCAGCUGAUGCGCAUCGGAGCGCUCUACGAUGCGGACCCAACUCCCCGUUCCCAACGAGGCAAGCAGAAUUACAAGAAGAACAAGAAGCAGCGCGGCAAGCAGAGCACCAAGCAACAGCUCGCGCCCCGCAGUAAGGCGAGGAGGACUUCUGCCGACGACCCCAACACCCCUAGGCCCGCCCAUGAUCUGUUCGUUGAAGAAGAGGAGGCGCUCAUGGAGCCUUCCCAGUCUCUGAAUGCGAAUGCGGAUAGCUCGGUCGCUGAGACCGAUCGUGGAGAGUGUGAGACCGCGCUUGCGACGGACGCGGACCACGGUGCCGAGAACCAGCACGGCGGGACCAACGCGGAGGUUGACACGGCUUUGUCUCUCCUCCAGCUCUCAGCUUUGGGGCACAAGACUUUCGCCGGCCACAUGAGCAUCGACGAGUGGCCCCUGUCCUUCUCCCGCUCCCGCUCGUUCGGCUCGCUCCACUCGCUCGACUCACAGCCUCCCUCCCCCUUUGAGCCGGGUGCUAGUAAUACCGCCAGCUCCACUCAGUGGACCGUCGAGUCCAUUGCCGAAGAGAUUUGCGCGGACACCGACCGCAUCAUCAAUGACCGCUCCGUCUCGAGUCCCGCGUCCUCGCCCGAGCCAGAGCCUCGCACUCCCGUUGGGGCCAUCUUCUCGGGGUCGAAUGACAAGGAGACUUGGUACGCGAUCACGGACUACGACAUCGACGCUGCUGGCGACACAAUGAUGGACCCUGGCCUCAUGGACGUUAUCGUGGCCAAGGAUGCCGAUCCCGCCGCCGAUGACGAGCAGUCCCUGGCCCCGCAGCAGGGCGUCAAGCGCAAGCGCAAGGAGUCUUCAUUCUCCGACUCUGACAGUACCUCCUGGGAUCGCGACAAGAGGACUAGGGCUGCCCGCGAGUGCUUGAAUAAGGCCAUUGGCCUCCUAAAAAGUAUUGCGGGUGAGAGCUACAGGGCAACGAUCGAGGCUCUGGAAAGGGAGUAUGACGCACUGUACAACGCCUAG